CAAAAACAAAAGGUACAGUGACCAAGCAAUGUACCUCUUACAUUUCACUAAAGGUUCGAUAACAUUAGCCGAACUAAAAAAUGUACGAGCGAUAAACCAUCAUCGUGUUUACUUCGAAUACUACAACCAAAAAAACGGGCCAAUCCAGUGUUCAAACUGCCAAAAAUUUGGCCAUGGUAGCGCAAACUGCUUUCUCCCGUCCAUAUGUGUGAAAUGCGCUGGCACGCACACUUCAAAAACCUGCCCUCUAUCACAGAGCACAUUAAAUCCUGAUGGCAAAAUCGCCACAAAUAAGCUCUGCUGUGCAAAUUGCAACGAACACCACACUGCGAAUUACCGUGGUUGCUCAGUCGUGUGUUGAUCGUGGUCCAGUUCAGACGUGUCCGUGCUACGCUCCCCACUUAAAAAAAAAAAACGCCAACAGCCGCAAUACCGUGUGUGUGUGAGAAAGUGUAUGCAGAGACUUUCCAAGAAUCAGUUUCAGCACGGCGACUGGUACAAACGUGUGUGAACGUGUUUUGCUAGGUUGACUGUAGUUUGCAGGUGGCCCGUUUUUUCUGUCUUCCCCCCAUUUCUGGGAAAAAACGAACAGCUGGUUUCGUAGUGCAGAAUGAUGGGGCCCCCCGCCCCUCCAAGGGAUUUUUUUCCCAUGGAAAAUAGAAACCCGUUAAUGCCGAUAUGGAUGGACCGUACCGGUAAAUCGGGCAUACUGAAAUAUUUGGUCAUGAGUCUAGUAGAAGCUAAAACCUUCCCAAACAACCCUUUUCUAAUUGGGAAAAGUAUCGAAAACAUGAUUGGAAAUUUCCUACCGGCAAUCAAAAUAGAAAACGGCUCUAAAGUACUGAUAAAGACCCGCUCCGCUAAACAGUUUGAAAAAAUACAAAAAAUGACACAGCUUAUUGAUGGCACCAAAGUCUCAAUUGUACCGCACGCAACGAUGAAUUCAGUUCAAUGCGUAAUCUAUGCUCCGGAAUUAUCCGGAAUGCCAGAUAGCGAUAUCAUGGAAGAACUAAAAGAACAGAAUGUAGUGGAGGUUCGGCGUUUUACACGAAAAACAAACCAAAUGAUCACACCAACAAACUCUUUUCUUCUGACAAUCGGAGCUCCAAAAAUCCCGGAAUUUAUUCGUCUGGGUGCCUUUCAGGUAAGAACUCGCUACGGGUACACAAAAACCCGGUGCAACACAAACCAAUUAUGCAAAAAUUGUGGCGAACCUGAACACGGUGAAUAUAAUAAACAAGCUAAAUGCCCAAACUGCACCGGAACACACAAUGCAUACGAUAAGAGCUGCCCAGUCUACAUGAAAGAAGAAGAAAUAAUCAAAUAUCGAGUAGACAACAAUCUCACCCACAAAGAGGCACGUAUGGCUUGUCAAACAACAAGCUCAGUCCAAAAUAGACUAAAUUUUGCACAAGCUUGCGCGAACAACAAUAGUGACGAUAAAGACAUAAUCAUCGAAAACCUGUCUCGCACCAUCGCUGAACUUACCAACGAACUAAACAAAUGGAAGAAAUGUCAAAAAAAUUAAACAAAGCCGACAAUAAAAAGCCACAA